UAAUCCUGAUGUUGAUGUUGGAACAAUGAUCUUGAUGUUUGUUGAGAUCACAUGAUCUCUAAUUCUUUUGAGUUGCUUAUAGAAUCAGAAAUCUACUUGAAUCACCAAAUGUUUACCUUAAACAAUUACUUUCCAAGUUGAUUUCAGAUCCUUGGACAAACUUUUCGUAGCAUUCAAAUUGUUGUGUUUCUUUUUCUGGUUUCACAUACGAUUGGUUUGACCAACUUGGAUUUAUUGCUGCAGUUGCAGUAUAAAUUCUGAAGUUGUUGAGGGAACCACAACAAUGGCGGAUGAGAAUGGCUUGAAUGGUGAUACCAACACGCAUGAGGUCAGCACAUCUAAAAGCCAGGAAGAACCGGAGAAAAUCUCUAGCGUGAAUGGAGAAAAUCAAGGCUCCGAAAGCAGCAAAGGAGAUGAGAAAACCAACUCUGUUCCUCUUUACAAGCUGUUUGCAUUUGCCGAUUCAAGGGAUACGGUUUUAAUGAUCGUCGGCACGAUCGGUGCUGUCGGGAACGGUUUAUGUAUGCCCCUAAUGACAAUCCUGUUCGGAGAUCUUAUCAAUGCUUUCGGACAAAACCAGAGCGACGACAGAGUGGUUGACGUGGUCUCCAAGGUUGCUUUGAGAUUCGUCUACCUCGCGGCCGGGGCCGGGGUGGCGGCGUUUCUACAGGUGAGUUGCUGGAUGGUCACAGGUGAGCGACAAGCUGCAAGAAUAAGAGGCUUGUACUUGAAAACCAUAUUAAGACAAGAUGUUGCUUUCUUCGAUGUCGAAACCAGCACGGGAGAGGUCGUUGGACGAAUGUCUGGUGACACAGUUCUCAUACAGGAUGCCAUGGGCGAGAAGGUCGGGAAGUUUAUACAGUUGGUGUCCACAUUCCUUGGAGGUUUCGUUAUAGCAUUUAUCCGAGGAUGGCUUCUUACCCUUGUCAUGUUGUCUGCAAUCCCUCUCCUUGUGAUAUCUGGUGGAACAAUGGCUAUGAUUAUAUCUAAGAUGGCAUCUCGUGGACAAUCCGCUUAUGCUAAAGCUGCCACUGUCGUCGAACAGACAAUCGGUUCGAUUAGAACAGUUGCAUCAUUUACUGGUGAGAAGCAAGCCGUAAGCAAUUACAACAAAUUUCUUGUUACUGCUUACAAAUCAGGUGUUAAUGAGGGCACGGCUGCUGGACUCGGUCUCGGCGUUCUCAUGAUGAUCAUAUUCUGCAGUUAUGCUUUGGCCGUAUGGUUUGGUGGGAGGAUGAUUUUGGAGAGAGGGUACUCCGGCGGUCAAGUAAUUAAUGUGAUUAUGGCUGUAUUGACCGGUUCCAUGUCCCUAGGGCAGGCAUCGCCAUGCAUGAGUGCAUUCGCAGCCGGUCAAGCUGCAGCGUUUAAGAUGUUUGAGACUAUCAAAAGGAAGCCGGAGAUUGACCCGUAUGACAUGAGGGGGAAAGCAUUGGAGGACAUUCGCGGGGAUAUUGAGCUGAAGGAUGUGUAUUUCAGUUACCCUGCAAGACAAGAAGAGCAAAUUUUCAGUGGAUUCUCUCUUUUGAUUUCGAGUGGCACAACAGUUGCUUUGGUUGGACAAAGUGGAAGCGGGAAAUCAACUGUAAUAAGUCUGAUAGAGAGGUUUUAUGAUCCACAAGCUGGUGAAGUCCUUAUCGAUGGCAUCAAUCUCAAAGAGUUUCAACUUAGAUGGAUCAGAGGAAAGAUUGGUCUUGUUAGCCAAGAACCGGUGUUGUUUACAUCAAGCAUUAGGGAUAAUAUUGCAUACGGAAAGGAAGAUUCAACCAUCGAAGAGAUACGUGCCGCUGCUGAACUUGCAAAUGCUUCUAAGUUCAUCGACAAAUUACCUCAGGGGCUAGAUACCAUGGUUGGAGAGCAUGGAACUCAGCUUUCUGGUGGACAAAAGCAAAGAGUGGCAAUAGCAAGAGCAAUUCUAAAGGACCCCCGGAUUUUGCUUUUAGAUGAAGCUACAAGUGCGUUAGAUGCCGAAUCGGAAAGAGUAGUGCAAGAGGCGUUGGACCGAAUAAUGGGAAAUAGGACUACGGUUGUCGUUGCUCAUCGUUUGAGUACAGUGAGAAAUGCAGAUACAAUUGCCGUCAUUCAUCGAGGAAAGAUGGUUGAAAAAGGGUCACAUUCAGAACUACUCAAGGAUCCCGAGGGAGCGUACUCUCAGCUUAUUCGACUACAAGAAAUAAGCAGAGGGUCGGAAAAGGUUACGGAUGUAUCAGACAUUACUCUGGAAUCGUUUAGACAAUCAAGCCUGAAAAGAUCGUUGAAGCGAUCGAUCAGUAGGGGAUCAUCUAUGGGAAAUAGUGGCCAUCAUUCUUUCUCUGUAUCCUUUGGUUUGCCUAUUGGAAUGAAUGUCAAUGAUUCAACAAUGGUAGAUACCGAAGACCACCAUUCCGAACGACCAUUGAAGCAGCCUCCAGAGGUGUCCAUUCGUCGACUUGCUUACCUCAACAAGCCAGAGCUUCCUGUGAUUGUACUCGGAACUAUAGCUGCGGCAGCCAAUGGUGUCAUACUUCCAACUUAUGGUAUCCUAAUCUCUCGUGUGAUCAAUACGUUCUUUAAACCACCCGAUCAAUUGAGAGAUGAUUCGAGAUUUUGGUCACUGAUAUUUAUGACCCUUGGCCUGGCAUCAUUAUUGACAAGUCCAGCACGAACAUACUUCUUUUCCAUCGCUGGGUGUAAACUGAUACAACGAAUCAGAUCGAUGUGUUUUGAGAAAGUGGUCCGAAUGGAAGUUGGUUGGUUUGAUGAACCAGAUAAUUCAAGUGGUUCAAUUGGUGCAAGGCUAUCAGCCGAUGCAGCCACAAUACGCGGCCUGGUUGGAGAUGCACUUUCUCAAAUGGUCUCAAACCUUGCAUCAGCCAUUGCUGGUUUGGUCAUUGCUUUUGUCGCAAGUUGGCAGUUGGCAUUUAUAAUCGUUGGACUAAUACCUCUGAUAGGGGUCAAUGGAUAUGUUCAAGUAAGAUUCAUGAGGGGGUUUAGUGCUGAUGCAAAGAUGAUGUAUGAAGAAGCAAGCCAAGUCGCUAACGAUGCCGUCGGGAGCAUACGAACAGUGGCUUCAUUUUGUGCUGAGGAAAAAGUGAUGCAGCUCUAUAGAAAGAAAUGUGAGGGUCCAUUGCGAACAGGGAUAAGGCAAGGUUUGAUUAGUGGAGCAGGAUUUGGAAUUUCAUUCUUCUUGCUGUUUAAUGUUUAUGCAACCACUUUCUAUGUCGGAUCUCAGCUUGUCGAGCACGGUGACGCGACAUUCUCCGAUGUUUUACAAGUUUUCUUCGCUUUGACAAUGGCAACUAUUGGAAUUUCUCAAUCAAGCUCCUUAGCUCCUGAUACUAGCAAAGCCAAAUCAGCUGCUGCCUCCAUAUUCACAAUUAUUGACCGCGAGUCUAAGAUAGAUCCAAGCGACGAAUACGGGACAACACUAGAAAACGUUAAGGGAGAUAUCGAGCUUCGUCACGUCAGUUUCAAGUAUCCGUUAAGGCCGGACAUUCAAAUUUUCCGAGACUUGAGUUUAUCCAUCCAUGCUGGCAAGAUUGUUGCCUUGGUUGGAGAAAGUGGGAGUGGCAAAUCCACGGUGAUUUCAUUAUUGCAAAGAUUUUACGAUCCCGAUUUGGGACUUAUCACUCUCGACGGAGUCGAAAUCAAAAAGCUCCAAUUGAAGUGGUUGAGGCAACAGAUUGGUCUAGUGAGCCAAGAACCUGUUUUGUUCAAUGAGACAAUCCGUGCCAACAUUGCAUAUGGAAAAGGAGGAAAUGCAACUGAGGCCGAAAUUUUAGCUGCAUCUGAGUUGGCCAAUGCUCACAAGUUCAUCAGCUCAUUACAACAGGGUUACGACACCGUAGUAGGUGAGCGAGGGGUUCAAUUGUCAGGAGGACAAAAGCAAAGGGUAGCCAUUGCACGAGCCAUAGUCAAAAGUCCGAAGAUACUGCUGUUAGAUGAGGCAACGAGCGCAUUGGAUGCUGAAUCAGAGAGGGUGGUUCAGGAUGCACUCGAUAGAGUCAUAGUAAACCGCACGACUGUGAUGGUGGCUCAUAGGCUGUCAACGAUAAAGAAUGCCAAUGUUAUUGCGGUGGUUAAAAAUGGUGUCAUCGUAGAGAAAGGGAAACACGACACUCUGAUAAACAUCGAAGAUGGUUUCUAUGCUUCUUUGGUUGCACUUCACAUGAGUGCUUCCACUGCAUAAAAUACUUUCUUAAUU